CUACCCUCGACAGCAUGGAAAUACACGUGCAGUCUGAGCCCUCAACGUUCAGCCUCUUCUCCUCUCCCUUCCAGCUGAACUCCAUCCACGGUCUCCAUAUCCCUACCCCCAUCUUGUCCUACCACUCAUUCUGCCCACGAUUCAGCCCAUCCUCGAUCCUCAUCGUAUUACUGCAUCAUGUCCGGUACCUUAGAAAACCAGUCUAUCAGACUUGAAGUUAUCAGCGCAAAAAAUCUUGAAAUCCCUUCUGACCGCAUUCCCGCUGGCAUUUACGUAUCCAUCCAUGUCGACUCGAGGAGACGCUGGAAAUCUGCCAUCAAAGUCUUAUUAUCCGACAAAUCUGUAGCGUGGGGUGAUGCUGUGACCCUAUCAUCACAGGCGUCACCGGCAUUAUCAAUCGAGAUCAGGGCGUACUACGAGCUCGAUCGAAUGCUAGGCAAUGGCGAAGUCAUCGGACAACUAGAAACGUCGUGGAAUGAGUUGCUUGAUCAUGGAGAUGAGCCUUUUGAACUGUCCUUCCCACCUGUUCGUGGUAUCCACCCUUCCCUCACGUUAAAGACUGCUGUUGUGCAUGCUUACGACAAUCAGGAUGGCGCACUGUUUGUUUCCCUGGUAGACUGCGAGAUUGCUCGAGAGACAGAUGCGGGCCACGCACGACUUGCCGAGUACAUGUCCAGCGGGACGGUCUCUCACCUGAAUGAUGCUGUUAAGCAUUUUCAGCUGGUUCUGGACCAGUGUCCGGUCGGCCAUCCUGACCAUGCAGCAGCUCUCACAAAUCUUGCGUGGGCCCGCCUUCAAGGUUAUAUUCAAGAAGAUCUUCAAGACAUCGACAACAUCACUUCCCUCUUGCGCGAAGCCCUUACAUUACGUCCGCAGGGCCACCCGGAUUGCGCAUUAUCUCUUCAUAGUCUCAUUCAAGCAUUGAUCUGGCGCUACAGCAGAGAGCGCACCGCCGUCCACAUUCACGAAUCCGCGCAGCUGUGCUGCAAGCUACUGCCCCUCUGUCCAGAGGGCACCUACCUUCGUAGCAUCGGCCUUGACAGCGCAGUGAAUUAUGUGAUCCCGGAAUGCAACGAUCUUCCAACUGAUGCAUCCAAUGAAUGCAUCCGCCUUCGACGAAACAUCCUCGAAUUCUGUCCUCCGGGCCAUCAACACCGUCUCCACGCCCUUGGCGAGCUUGCGCAAGCAGUUGAGGCACGCUUCGACCAGCAUGGCAGCAUUGAUGAUCUAGACGAGAGCAUACAACUUGGUCGUGAAGCUGUUUCUCUGUGCCCCGAGGAACAUUCCAGCCGUAAUACCUACCUGAAUAACUUGGCAUUCCCACUCAACUCCCGCUUUAAUCACCAAGGCAAAUUUGAUGACCUCAAUGAGGCCAUCACUUUGUACGAAGAAGCGCUGCGCCUGUGCCCUGUUGGACACGAACUUCGUGAUUUCUCCUUGGACAACCUAGGGAGCGCCCUCCACACCCGUUUCAUCGAGCGUGGUGACAUUGAUGACAUCACCCGAGCUAUCAGCCUCCGUCGCGAGGCAUUGACGUUGCGCCCAUCUGGGAAUCCACGUCGUGACACCACGCUUGGCAACCUUGCCCUCGCGCUUCAAACCAAAUUUCAAAAUUCACAUAUCAGCGAGGAAUCUGCCGAGGAUCUUAACGAGGCCAUUGAUCUGUUUCGUGAAUGUCUUCGGCUACAGGGGCAUGAUCAUCCCAAUCGCCAUAUAACUCUUCAAAAUUUGAGCUCGGCGCUCUGCUAUGGUUUCACGCGAACUCAGAAGAAUGAGGAUGUCAAAGAGGCAAUUGAUCUCUGUGAAGAAUCAUUGUUGGCGUUGCCUUCAUUACACCCGGAUAGAUACUCCAGCUAUAUGUGGCUGCAGGUGGCCUAUUUGUCUCGUUACCGAGUGCACAACAACCCUGUCGAUUUGUCACUCGCAGUGGAGAACUUCAGACUGGCGUCAGGACAUCCUACUCAAGGAUUCCCAGAACGCAUCCACCAGGCGAUUAAUUGGACAGUUGCAGCGGAGGAGUACAACCACGCCUCCGCACUGGAAGCCUACAAAACAUUUUUCGAGCUUCUUGAUAGACAUCUCGCAGCACAAUCUUCAAUUGUUGCACGACGCGAAUCUACUUCUGCUUUUCGUCUUGCCACUGCACUUCCUGUGACUGCGGCAUCAUGUGCUAUCCGCCUCGACAAUCUACGAGGCGCCGUUGAACUCGUGGAGCAGGGCCGUUGCCAGCAAUGGUCGCUGGCCUCUCGCCUGAGGAGUCCACUCGAAGAUCUCGAGUUCAUAAAUCCAAUCCUAGCUCACAAGUUCUCAGAGCUCAGCAAGCGUCUGUCUGACGCUCAAGGUUCCACAGCCAGCACAGACCAAGCUGCAGCGGAUCGCGCAGCAAUCAAGUACAGGAAACUGACGAAUCAGUGGGACGCUGUGGUAGCUCAAAUCCGUAAUAUUCAUGCUUUCUCGCGAUUCCUGCUCCCGCCAUCGUAUGCAGAGUUGCAAGUGGCAGCACGUCAUGGCCCAGUCGUCAUCCUCAUCGCAAGUCAAUACUCAUGCAGCGCUAUCAUUGUCCCGACGUCAGGAGAGCCACAUCAUGUUCCCUUGCCAUCGAUCGCUCUCGCAGAUCUGGAGAAUCUCAGGGGCCGCUUCGCCAGGGCGAUACUGCAAGCAUCUCAGAUGGGCCUGACAGAGUCGAGGACCGACCUCAUAGUACUCUUGCGGGUAGUAUGGAACGAUAUCAUGCUACCUAUCGUCAACGUACUCGAGCAUGACCUCAACUUAAAGCGCCGGUCUCGUAUCUGGCUAUGUCCAACUGCAGCUUUCACGUCCAUUCCUCUCCACGCAGCUCACCCCUAUAAAAUGAAGGCAGAUUUCUCUGGGAGGGAGCCAUGCCUGGAAGAUCUUUACAUCUGCUCUUACACGCCGACUCUUUCGGCUCUGAUCAGGUCUAGACAGAUGAUGAAGACAUGUGCAAGUCCAACCUUCGUGGCGAUUGGACAGUGUCAACCUGGUUCAGGGAAUGGCAAGGAACUUUUGGCUGUUCACAGCGAGCUAGAGCUCGUCAGGAAGCUUGUCCCUGCGGCGUCCAAGUGUACCACUAUUUCCGGCGAAGCAGCCACACGAGCAGGUGCACUCGAAGCUUUGGAACAGAACUCAUGGGUGCACCUUGCAUGUCAUGGCAAGCAAGACCACAACCAGCCUUACAAUUCUCAUUUUGUCAUGAGAGACAAACCUCUCACGUUGCUUGAUAUCAUGGAGAAAGAUAUUCCGCAUGCCGAGUUUGCGUUCUUGUCGGCGUCUCAUACCGCUGCCGGCGAUAAGGAGACGCCCGAUGAAGUCAUCCAUCUCGCAGCUGGGAUCCAAUUUUCAGGGUUCAAGAGCGUCGUUGGCACGCUAUGGGAGGUUGACGACGCUGUCGCAAAACACGUUGUCAAAGCUUUCUACAAGACUUUGUUUGAGGAUGGGAGUGUCGUGGAUUGUACGAAGGCGGCGCGGGCACUCAACCAUGCUAAGUACGUCGUGAUGAAGACAGUGCCGCUCGAGCAGAGAAUUGUUUUCAUUCAUAUCGGUGUGUAGUUCCACAUCUAAUUCCUCCAUCUCGGUGUACAUGAAAUAUUACCCUGAUACUGUCACGUUGUAGUCAUCUUGUUUUCGCACAUACCUCUCACAUUAUUGUCUUCUUAUCAAAGUCUUUUAUUCGAGUCUUGGCUACAACUGUGUGGCAUCGUCCUCUGUUUGUGUGCGAGUCAACUCAGUACCGUCUGAUUGAAGCGUGCAAGCUCAAAUAUCUCACGAGAGCCGCACCAGUUAUUUAUGAGAUUCCGUUCUACCUAUAAUGAUCAACA